AUGUCUUGGAAGGACGACGCGCGCAAAAAUUCUUUUGGCGGCCUUGAAACGAACGAGACCUCGGGGCGGGCGUCCGCCUCUCUCCACGCGCUGCUGGCACCUUCGCUCCCGCCACCACGCCGCCGCUCCAGUGCUCCUGCCACUGCCGCAGCCCUCCGCGUCGCGUUUCCGCCACCCUUUGACCGAGGCCGUGCGCUAGGCCGGCGUGCAGCUACAGGUUGCGCGCCGCUGCAGGGCGGGCUGCGCGGCUCGUCGCUCGUGCGUCAGGCGCGGCCGCGGCCGCGGCGCUCUCGCCUCUGCUGAGGCGCGCCUCGUCGCUCGUGCGUCAGGCCGCGGGCGGCGCUCUCGCCUCUGCUGAGGUUGCGCGCCGCUGCAGGGCGGGCUGCGCGGCUCGUCGCUCGUGCGUGAGGCGCGGCCGCGGCCGCGGCGCUCUCGCCUCUGCUGAGGCGCGCUAUCUGCUCGCCUCGCCGCUCUCCCCCCUCUCUCGCAUCUCUCUCCGCACUCCUCGGCGGCAGCCCCGCAGGCUCGGGUCGCUGCAACCUCGAGUCGGGUUGGAGCGGCUGGGCGGCGCGGGGGCCAGCGUCGGCGGCGCCGCCCCGCCGCCGCCUCGACUCCUCCUCCUCCUCCGUCGCUGUCUACAUCUUUCGACGGCAUGCGCCGCCUCGCAGGGCGCGUCCAGAGCAGCUCGGGCGGCGCUGCUGCGGCGGGGGCGGAUGGCGCGGUCGCCGCGCCGCUCAUCGGUGAGCCGGCGCCCCGCGCAGCGCUCCGGCGGCCGGCGGCGUGUUUCGCCGCUGCGGAGGGCGUUGUCGUCGCGAGGGGCGGGCCCACGGCGGCGGAGGCGCUGCGCUGACGGCCGCUGACGGCGGCGGUGAGGGCCCAAGCGCCGGCUGAAGAAGCGUUGCCGCGAUUGCCGUGGCGUGCCGCCUGGCGGGCCCGGCGAGCGGUCCCCGCCGGUCGGGGCUGCCAGCGCUGCACGACUGGCGCGGCGACAAGGCGAUCGAGGCCGAGCAUAUGCGCUGGAGGCGACGGCCUCGACUUGCGCGCGAUCGGCGCCUCGCUCCUCUCGGCUCGGCAACGAUACGCGGCCGCUGCACGGCGCUCGCCAGCGGCGCCGCGACGCGAGCGCUCUCGCCCCUCCCCCCCCCCACCACCGCUAGGGCCGACGGACGCCCCGCGCCUGCGUCCACCCCCCGCCGCCAUGAGCCGAGGCUCAUGGCGGCGCCUCGAGAGAGCCGCCGCGCGGCGCGGUCGCCGGUCCGGCGCAGAGGGCCGGGCGCCGGUCUCCGGAGCCGGGGGGGCCGUCCGUGGGGCGAGGAGGGCGGAGGGGCGCGGCGGGGCCCGCCCAGCGGUGGGAGGGGCCGCGGCAGGGGCGUCCCGGUCCCGUGCACCGAGGCGGGGCGGCGGGGUGUGGUGCGGCGAGGUCGGUGUGCCGUCCGCCCCGGUCCCGGAGCCCGUCUCCCGGCUCCGCGGGGCCCAAGUCGAUUCGUUUCGGGGGUGUUGGCUUUGUUUGCAGUCGGUGUGCGCGUUUCCCAGCUAAAACGUCGCAUUCGGUUCGCA